AUGGCCCCAUGGCUAGUCGUCGCAGCGAAAGGCUACGCCAUCGCUACGGCUUUUAGUCUUUGUCUGCUAUCGGGUCCAGCCGUCGCAUCUGUGGACGGCUCGAUUCUCGAACAUACGGCUCCGACGACAUCUCCGCUCUCUCCAGAUGCUAUUGCGUCAGCCUACUCCCGAGAAGAAUUAGACAAGAGCACCAACAAUGCCACCAACGAGGGAAAACCAGAGAACGUAAAGUCUCAAGAUGAUAAGCCUUUCACGCUGCGAAUCAUGCCGCUAGGGGCUUCUAUUACUUAUGGCUUCAAAUCGACGGAUGGUAACGGCUAUCGAGAGUACUUUCUGGAUAUGGUGCAAUCAGAUGGAUGGAAUGCCACUAUGGUUGGGAACCUCAGACACGGUACCAUGAAAGAGAACGAGAAUAACGGGUAUGUUGGCUACAGGGUCGACCAAAUAAAGGCGGCGGCCAAAAAGUCACUUUAUUCAACGAAACCGGAUCUGAUCCUCUUGAAUGCCGGCACCAACGAUGGAGUCCAACAUUACAAGGUUUCGAGCACAGGCAAACGCAUGGACGGCUUUCUCAAGGAGAUUUACCAGGCUUCCCCAAACACUACCAUUCUUUUCUCCACUCUGAUCCCGGAUAAGCGCGCACCGAAAGCAAUGGCUGAUAUCAACGACCAAUAUCGGAAACUUGUUGCAAAGCGCCAAAAAGCUGGUGAUCGGAUCAUUUUGGCAGAGAUGGACUAUGGCAAUUUGACGAUAGAGGACAUAGGCAGCGAUGGCAUACACCCUACAGACGAGGGAUAUCAUGUGAUGGCCGACAUCUGGUAUGCUGCUUUCAAUGAGGCCGUGGAAAAGGGAAUGCUACAAGCACCUGCAGGAAAUACGACUUCUACCAGUACGGCAUCAGGGUCUAGUGAGACAGGGUCACCUACGGACACCGCGACAUCUGCACCAACGCAGACGUCGAAACACGGCAUCGGCAGUAACAAUCAUCAUAUUGAAUUGCCUUUCGUCCUGUCUAUCAUUUUUUCAGUGCUCAUUCUCAUAGAUAGUUUUGUAUAG